CCAGGAGGAGCGCGCCCGCUCGGGGGCGAGCAGGGCCGGCGGCCGCGCGGGCGGAGGAAGAGGACGAGGAGGAGGACGACUGCGAGGAGGACGGCGACCGGGAGGAGAAGGACGCGCGGAGGCCACACCCAUCGGCGCGCCGAUCCGGCAGCGAGUCGUCGGCGGCCGCGCGCUCCAGCCGAGCCUCCGCCCGCACCGAGUCCGGAGCCGGGCCGCACCGGGGAGGGGCCGCUCCGGCCGCAGCGCGAGGGCACGAGGGGCGGCGGGGAGCCGGCACCGGGCGCGGCCGGCGCAGCGACCAUGAUCGCUUUGUUCAACAAGCUGCUGGACUGGUUCAAGGCCCUCUUCUGGAAGGAGGAGAUGGAGCUCACGCUGGUCGGGCUGCAGUACUCGGGCAAGACCACCUUCGUCAACGUGAUCGCGUCGGGACAGUUCAAUGAGGACAUGAUCCCCACCGUGGGCUUCAACAUGCGCAAGAUCACCAAAGGGAACGUGACCAUCAAGCUCUGGGACAUCGGGGGACAGCCCCGCUUCCGCAGCAUGUGGGAGCGCUACUGCCGAGGAGUGAGCGCCAUCGUGUACAUGGUGGAUGCCGCUGACCAAGAGAAGAUUGAGGCCUCCAAGAAUGAACUCCACAACCUACUGGACAAGCCCCAGCUGCAGGGCAUCCCGGUCCUAGUCCUGGGCAACAAGCGAGACCUCCCGGGAGCCUUGGAUGAGAAGGAGCUGAUCGAGAAAAUGAAUCUGUCUGCCAUCCAGGACCGAGAGAUCUGCUGCUACUCCAUCUCCUGCAAAGAAAAGGACAACAUCGACAUCACCCUACAGUGGCUUAUCCAGCACUCAAAGUCACGGAGAAGCUGAGACUGCGGCCCCGCCCCCUCGGACCAGGGACCGCCCUCCGGAUCUGAAGCCGAGCUCCCGCCCCCUCCCCCCGCCGCCCCCCAAGCCCACCCCUCCUUACUUGGUGUGGGGAGGGGCCCUCUGGGGGUCCCAGAGUCCUGUUCUGCUGAGGUUUGAACUCCCGAUUUUAUUGUAAAAUAAAUUGCUCCCCUCCGGUCCUCUAACCUCCCCCCUCCCCUCUCCCUUUGUCUCUCCGCCGCCCUGCUUCCCUCCCUCUCUGAAGCCCCGCCCCACAGCCCCGCCUCCUCUCCUGUCCCGCUCCCGGCUUCCCUUUCCCACACUCUUCUGUUAUUGUCCUGUGUGUACAGUAUAUAUAUGUAUAUAUAUUUUAAUUUUUUAAUUUAAGCAAAGACUAAAAUCAACCAUUUGAUGCUGCAGGGGCCAGUCAGGAUCUGGGAGGGGGCGGUCUGGAGAGAAGGAGAAUAGCGGGGUUAGCUGGGGCCGGUUCAGAUCAGGAAAGGUGAGGCUGGCACAGGGGCAGGUACCAGCCCAGGCACGGGUGUCCGUCCCCACGUCCCGUUUGUCUCCACUUCCCAGUCUGGCCUGUCUCCGCAGUGUUGGAAUGUCACAGGCUGACGGGAGCUUCCGGAGACGCUCUUCUCUGCCGCCAGCCUCAGCAUGGCCACCAGGCACAAGCAGGCGCCGGAGACCGGGGAGCCGAAGGGGCAGGAGGCCAGCGCCCUAGCAGCCCCUCCCGCCUGUUCCUGGCUCCCAGCUCCGGGCCGUCACCUCCACGGGCCACCUCAUUUUCUGUUCUCGUUUUGCAGAGUUGCACAAGGAGAGAACUCGGCAUGGGGGGUUGGUUCUUUGGGUUUUGUUUUCUGUUUGUUUAAUGAUUUGUAAAGUGAUGUCCCUCUUCCUUUUUUACACUUUUCAGCUCAUGUUUAACCUCUGUUUGGAAAAUGAUUCUUGUAACUGUACAUUUUUUUGCCUCCUAACAACAACAAGAAUAAAUGACAAUUUUGUGUUG